UAAAACUAUAUCAUUAAAUAAUUAUUGUUUUAUUUGAUUUAUUCCUUAGCAAAAGAUCGCAAAACAUGGAUGCUCUUACAAACGCCCCAAGAAAGGAAAUCGCAGGGUCUGAAAAGAAUCAUGUAUGGCCGCUAUCAGACGGUCGAUUCUUUGGAUUUCGUUUCCACGAUGAUAUGAAAUGCGUCACUCUGUGUAUCGGUCCAACAGUAAGAUUUGAGGAUGCGACCGUUUUGAUAACUCUUAAUGGAGAGGAAUGGCAUAGCUUCUCAAGACAUUGUUCAGUUUUUAACACCUAUCUCAUUUACAGAAAUUGUUACUGUAAACCGGAUUACCAUGAGAAAUUUAAUUUAACAUGGACACCCUAUAUACAAACCGGAACAAUGUUGCGUUCAUUCAAUCUAUAUCCGUAUUUAAAUGCCAAAUCGUACAAUGCCAGACUUACAAUUGUUCACGAAGUUACAAGUUUAUUAAAACAAAACAAUUUUUUUGAACAGGAAUGUAAAAUUGAAUUACAAAAUGAUGACUUCAACGCAAUGCAGACGUACUUUGCAAUAAUAGACCGUAUGUUCAUUGAGAGCAUCGUUGAAAAACAUUAAAUCUGAUACAGAAUUUCUGAGCUUCUGAAUGCGUUAUCAUCAGUAAAAACUGAAUAGUUUAGAGUGCAGUGUAUCUUAGUGUUUGAGUCUGUGUCAGCGGCAAGAUUUGUACCACGGCCUGCUGUAUUGUGUUUCUGAUCUUCCAGGACAGCUGCGUGACCAAUUAGUGAUUUCUUACUCAAGACUCACAUGUGCUUCUCAAUGUAUAUAAACACGGAGUUUUCUUCAUACGGUCACAAACAUUUUCAGAGCUCAAGAAUCUCUUUCGUUGGAAGAUAAUGGAGUCUGGUAAGUUUGCUUUUGGUCUGGAUUGAAUAUAAAUAUUUUUAUUAUUAUUCAUACUGAUGUUAAUAUAGUAUGGUUAUUUAGAAUGUUGUAGAACGUAAUUAGAAUGUCAAAUAUAAUACAAUGUUUUUAAACCAAAUUAUAUUAUAGUAAUGUUUCGUUCUAUUCUUUUAAAAUAGGUAACAUUCAGAAAUGUUUUUAAUGUGAGUAAUUUUUAUCAUGAUGAAUUUUUAGAAAUAAUGUGAUAAGUUAUGUUUUAUACUAUUGGUGUAAUUUAUACUAUUGGUGUAAUACUGAAAAUGAUGCUUUUUUUUUUUAAAAUAUUAAUAAAUUAUUUUAUUUAAUUAUUAUUAUUAUUAUUAUUAUUAUUAUUUUUAUUUAUUUAUUUAUUUAUUUUUUGUAGAGUUAUGUAAUAAUUCAACGUUCAGCAACUAUCAAUGCAACGAAACACCAGGGGUCAAUUAUAUCCAAAAACCUCCAACUCCAUACGGUGAGAAAAAUAUAUAUUUUUCUAAUUAUUGUACACACAUUCACACACACAUUUUAUUUUCUAUAUUCUCUGUUCUAAGUAUGUAAUGAUUUAAUUAUUUUAGAACUGACUGCUGAAACAAGAAGCAGCAGUCCCAUUUACAUCACUGAUACUCCACCCAACAGCUCCACAAUUCCAGGGUGUGAUUCUCCUGCGUAUACCAAUAACGGUAAUCAAUCUCCAUACAAUGUAAUCCUGAACUCUCCAUCCUACUCUCCAACAAUCCCUAAUCGUGAAUCUGAUCAACAAUCCCCUGCGAAAGGUUAUCAGUACAGCCAUAAUGACACGCUUUCCGAUUCCGAUGUUAACGCCAAUGAUGAUCUGAGGGACGAUCUACGCGAUCUACGCCACCUUCACAAGUCUGUGUCUUUGACGUUCAAGAAACUCAUGCGCGUGAAAACACACGGGUCAAGAGUUCAAAGUAAGCAUGUUCAUGCAUUGUGUAAGAAACGUGUGAGCCUUUAUAUGAAUCAAUGUACUACCCUACUCAAUAAACACCAUGUCUAGGAAAAGGUGUGAUAAUUGUUUUAAUAUUGAAGCCAAGAGGUGUAAAAUCAGACAGGAAUCUGAAUAUGCCCCCAGCACAUCCGAUCAUUUAACUUGUGAAUGUGUAUCAGAUACAGAACUUACACUCAACUUACAGCAUGACCAUUUCCAUCAGUUAAACCAAAGUUUAGAUAGACUACGGAAUGAAUGUAAUCCUUCUGUAAUAGAAGCUGUUAAUCGGCUUAACGAAAGUUUAGCUUUAACGCCCGACCUCAAUAAUGUUACGGAACAGUCUGUAACAACGCCUCAAAAUGUAACGCAAGAGUCAAACAUAGAUUUGUUUCACAAUCUAAACCAAAGUUUAGAUAGACUUCGGAAUGAAUGUAAUCCUUCUCUAUUAGACGCUGUUAAUCGGCUUAACGAAAGUUUAGCUUUAACGCCCGAUCGCAAUAAUGUUACGGAACAGUCUGUAACAACGGCUCAAAAUGUAACGCAAGAGCCGAUGGUUGAUUUGUUUCACAAUCUAAACCAAAGUUUAGAUAGACUUCGGAAUGAAGCGGAUAAUGAAAAUCAACAUUCGCACACUUUGUCAUCCGGGUCUAAUCAAGCUUUCAGUGUAACAGUUCACAAUAACGAGAAUGUACAGGAUCAGAUAGGAUAUGGUGUAGAAGGUGAAAUACCGCAGGAUAUACAUGUAAACAGGAUAGACAGAUUCAACACCACAGAAAUUAGACGGCCUCUAAACUUUUCCUCAUUGGGAAACGUUGAAUCUUUCGAUGAAUUUUACAACUAUGUGAUGGAAGUUUUUAACCAAACCGUCGAGGUAGCAAAUGGUUAUAUUGGUCCGAAGGAUUCAGUAUAUGUGGAAAUUCAAGGAGAUUCGCUCAACGUUUCAGCGAGCGUUGAAGUAAUCGACGGAGUCAUAAACCCUAAUGAUAUUGUAACAAUGAUUGAACAAAGCAUGCAGAGCAAAUUUGAAAUUCUUUCCGACGAAACUCUACAAAUUGUGAUUCGAAUUGUACACCCGCCGCGCGGAGGCGCGCGCGUUAAGUUCUCACAAAUGUUCAAUUCAGAAAUUGUUCGGAACAAAUUGAAACAUCUGUUUGAUUUUCAAAAUAAAGACAACCUCUGUUUCGCCCUAUGUGUUUCCAAACUACUGAAUCCAGACCUAAACGAUUACCAAGUAGAGCACAUUGCAAAACGGUUACAAGCCGAUGUAGGGAUGUCUGAAAAUGACGCCGUUAGCUUUGCCGACAUUUCAUUGUUUGAAAAGUUACUCGAUUGUAAAAUCGUAGUGAUGUACAGGGAUGCUGUCAAAAAAGGGUACUCGUUUUUCCAAAACAGUACGAUACCUCACGAAAAAACAUUGUUCCUAUUCCUGCAUGAAAACCAUUACUACGGUGUUAAAAACCUUAAGGCUGUGCUGGGUACCGGGUACGUUUGUUCUCACUGCUACGCGGGGUAUAACGAUGAGAAUCAUCAUAAAUGCGAGUACAGAUGCAACGUUUGUCAGGAUAACGAUUGUCCCAAGCUUCCUAAAAAUACGGUGCAAUGUCAAGACUGUUUGAGGUUAUGUAGAACACCGUAUUGUUACGAAAAGCACAAGGUCAAAGACGACUCUGGUAAAAAUUUGUGUGAAACUAGAUUCUACUGUGCACAGUGUAACACCGUGCAGCACGGUAGAAAAGGGACCAGCAAACACAGUUGUCGCGCAAACCUAUGCCGUCAAUGCGGUGCUAAAGUAAACCCUGAAUUUGAACACGAAUGUUUUAUAACGCCUCUAGAAAAGGAAAAGAACAACAAAAAGUACAUUUUUUACGAUUUUGAAACCAAUCAAGAGUCAGGAAAUCACAUCGCAAAUUUUAUAUGUUGCAGUACUUUUAAGGGUAAAGUUUGGACGGCUGAAGGACCCGAUUGUGUUUCAGCGUUUUUUAAACGCUACCGUAGAAAGAAAUACAAAGGCUACACGUUCUUGGCGCACAACGCUAGAAGUUACGAUUCGUACAUUUUAUUGAAUCAUUUGGUCCGAGAGGGGAUCAACCCCGACAUCAUAGCGCAAGGUGGUAAAAUAUUGUGCUUUGAAGAUGUCGAGUUCAGACAGAGAUUCAUAGACAGUCUCUCUUUUCUCCCUAUGAAGCUGAGCGCGAUUCCCAAGGCUAUGGGAUUCAAGAAUGAAAAAAAGGGUUAUUUUCCUCAUUUCUGGAACACUCUUGAAAACCAGAAUUACAUCGGCCCAUACCCGGCAGCCAAAUAUUACGGUGUAGACACCAUGAUGGAUAAAGAGAGACAAGAGUUUUUUGAAUGGUACAAUACUCUGUCUGGCAAGGUGUUUGACCUCAGAAAAGAGUUGGCCGAUUAUUGCGUGAAUGACGUUCACAUUCUCAGAAAGGGGUGUUUAGCAUUCAGGGAGCAGAUAAUGAGCGGUACGGGUGUAGAUCCUUUCAAAUGCAUCACCAUAGCCAGCGUCUGUUUGAAAAUCUUUAGAACACAUUUUCUGACGGACAAUACCUUGGCUAUACCACCGCAUGAUGAUUAUAUCAGCAGACAGAAGUCGUUCUCAAACUCUGCUAUUCAAUGGCUCGAGUACCUCUCAGACAGAGGGAAAAUUCCGAUUCGACACGCUCUCAACGAAGGUGAAGUUCAAAUGGGUCAAUAUUUUUUAGACGGUUAUUUUACCGACGGCCACACGCAAAAUGCUUUCGAGUUCUUAGGAUGCUUUUUUCACGGAUGUGAUAAAUGUUUCCCUGCAAACGCGCGUCACCCUCUAAGUAAAAUUGGACAAACCUUCGAAGAUGUUAAACAACACUCUUUGCAAAAAAUUAAGAAUUUGCAAAACAUCUACAAUAUGCACGUUACAACAAUCUGGGAACACGAGUGGAACGAAAUGAAAAGGACAGAUCAGGACGUAAUAGCGUUUCUCAAACGUUUUGACUUUCCCGAGCGUUUGAAACCGAGACAAGCUCUUUUUGGCGGCCGUACAAACGCGUUACAUUUACAUUACGUAGCUCAGCCCGGAGAGAGAAUCGAUUAUUACGAUUUUACAUCGUUAUACCCCUACGUAAACAAGACAAAAAACUACCCCGUAGGUCACCCAACCAUCAUUUUCCGCGAUUUUGAACCGUUGGAAAAUUAUUUCGGCCUCUUCAGAAUAAAAAUUUUACCCCCUAGGGGCCUUUGGGCCCCCGUUCUCCCUUAUAGGGUGAAAAACAAGCUUUUGUUCCCUCUGUGUAGGGUGUGUGCCGAGUUACAACAGCAGCAAUGUUGUAAACAUGCUGACGAGGAGAGGGCUCUUACGGGUAGUUGGUGUAGCGUGGAGGUUAUGAAGGCUCUCGAAAAAGGCUACAGAGUGUUGAAAGUUUUCGAAAUCUGGCACUUUCCUAAACAGACGCAUGAUUUGUUUGCCGGAUACAUCAACAGGUUUCUCAAGACAAAACAGGAGAGCUCAGGUUACCCGUCUUGGGUAAAGGACGAAUCUGAUCAAAAAGAAUACGUUAAAAGGUACAAGGAAAACGAAGGCAUAGAACUCGAUCCGUCUCGCAUAGAGGUUAACCAGGCCAAGAGAUCUGUGGCAAAGUUGGCGUUGAAUUCUUUGUGGGGUAAGAUGUGUCAGAGGUCUGAUAGGAUUAAUACUUGUCUAAUCAGCGAUCCCAACCAAUUUCUAGAGUUCAUGUUCUCGGACACGUACGACGUCAGUCACUUUUCUUUUCCGAACCGUCAGAUGGCGCUGGUUCAGUGGCGUUACGCAGACACCAGAUUCAUCAAACCGAGUAAAGCUAACGUGUUUAUCGGAAUAUUCACUACCGCUUACGCUAGACUCGAGCUGUACAAGCUGAUAGAUGGUCUGCAACAAAGAUGUCUCUAUACGGAUACAGACUCUGUCAUUUUCAAAAGUAAAGAUGGCGAUUGGAUGCCCCCCCUAGGCGAUUACUUAGGCGAGUUAACGAGUGAAUUGGAUCACGGAGAUCAUAUUGUGGAAUUUGUCAGCUCUGGACCAAAGUCCUACGGUUAUCGAACUCGUUAUGGGAAGACUGUAAUGAAGGUAAAGGGUAUAACGUUAAACUAUACCAACGCCAAAAUUGUGAAUCUGAGCUCUUUGAUAGAUCUGGUUGACAAAAGUGUGAAAAGCCCCGACUGUAUCGACGAAAUUAUGACGUCCAACAAUCAAAUCGUCAGAGAUAAAAGAGGUUUUCACUUGAAAAACAAAUCACAAACUAAACGUUUCCGAGUAGUGUACGAUAAACGCGUUCUAUUACCGGAUAGCGCCACAAUUCCUUACGGAUAUUAAACAUUUACUUUGCUGAAAAAAAUAAUGGCCGUACCUAACUCGUUCGAUGCUAGACUUCAACUUCCUUUUUCUUGUAUAGUUUGUGGACCCAGCAAUAGCGGAAAAUCUUUUUUCAUCAAAAUGUUACUUGAAAAUUGUACGGACUCAAUGUCUAAAAUUCCGGACCGGAUUGUAUGGUGUUACACUUGCUGGCAACCCCUCUACGACGAGUUGAUGGACAAACUAAACAUUUAUUUUGUUCAAGGUAUACCUGAAUCAUUGUGCGACGAUGAACUUUUCCCUCCGCACAAAACAAACUUGUUGGUGAUUGAUGAUUUGAUGGAGUCCGCUAGCAAGAGCGAGGAAGUAGAAAAGGCUUUUACAAAAUAUACCCACCAUAGAAACCUCAGCGUGAUCUAUUUGGUUCAAAAUUUGUUUUUUCAAGGGAGAAGUAGCAGAACUAUAAAUUUAAAUACCAAUUACAUGGUGCUUUUUAAAAAUCCUAGAGAUAAGCUACAGAUCAACGUGUUGGCGCGUCAGAUGUACCCCCGUAACAGCAAGUACUUUUUAGAAUGCUUUCAAGACGCUACCUCUAGACCCUAUGGGUAUUUAUUAGUAGACUUGAAAGCUUCAACGCCAGAAGAUCUUAGACUCAGAUCGGGUUUGUUUUUUACAGGAGGUUCCUGCGGUGUACGUACCGAAGAAAAAGGUUUUCGCAUAAUGUCCGAUCGGUUAAAGAGAAAUUAUCAGGUUUUGAAAUCGCUACAUCAGGCAUCGCCUCGAGAAAGGAAACUUAUACUGCGUCAAGCUCCCACAGACCUCGUACUAGCCAUUUGUGAAAUAGCAUUAAAUCUACUGAGAGGACGCAUUCCUUUAACGGCUCAACAGUACGCUCGACUGAAAAGACAGAAAAAAGCGAUUAAACUUUUUGCCGAUAAAAGAAAAUCUGUAAAGGUUAAAAGAAAUACUAUUAAUCAAUCCGGAGGUUUUCUUCUACCUUUGCUAAGCGUCGCGGUACCCUUCAUCAGCAGCUUAAUAGCGGCCCGUCAGAAAUAGCAUGGAAAACGCUGUGAAAAUGUAUCUGGUACCUCAGCAGCAACUUGAUAAGAUUAAUUCUGUGUCGAGCGGAAAACCUAAUGUUAGACAGACGGUGGAAAAUGAUCUGGAUGCUACCAUGAGACAUAUUCUGAAUAGGUCUGAUUUGAUGCCUUACGAAAAGGCCAAACUUUAUGCCUCGGUCUUGCAAAGAUUCCUAAACAUCGUCAAACAAGGAGAUGAGGAAACGGCUCAAUUAACUCUGUCCCUGCCCGUAGACUCUAACAAUAAAACAAUACCGGAGACCGAUGUGGAUCGCGGUGCGUCCGAAGACGUAAUUGUCAAAGAAGUAAUCGGAAACAUUCCGGCAAGAAACAGAAAAAAUGCUUCUUUCAUCAUGGAAAAAAUAUCCAAAGCUAGCGACGUAGCUUCCUGGAAUGAUAAAGGUGAAUUCAUUUUCAAAGGAAGGACGAUCAGGGGUUCACACGUGUUGGAUUUGAUUAAAAACCUCACGGCCCCUCAAAAAGUGUCGGAUGAUCGCAGACCUUUGGGGUGGAUCGAGAUGUUAAAAACUGUAGCCGGAUUGAAUAUUCCCUUUUCAACUAUACCUAACGUCGGCGUUCGACGUAAGAUAACGGACAUUAAAAGAGGCGAUCCUUUGUACUCACCAAGCUCAACUUCUAAGAGCGAUGACUCUGACUCUAGCAUUGACACUCUUGAGCCUGUUUUCAAGUCUCCUCGUUUUACCUCAACACCUUGGAUAAGUUUUUAAUCGUGCAUGUAUUUAAAAAUGUUAUAAAUGAUGAUGAUGAUACAAUGUAAAUAUUUGUUAUUCUUUAUUUCAUUAAAUGUAUAUACUUUAACAUG